CCACGCUCCUCCUCGCCCGACGCUCCCCCCCUCCCACUCCCCUGAUUACUCUCGUCUCGUCUCCUCCGCCUCCGCCCCCGCACUCGCCGUCUCCCCGGCCGGUGCGAGCUUUAUUUAUAUCCCGUCCGCCGGCCGGCAGCUAGCACCGCGCGCGACGCCGCAACUAGACCGACGCUCUCGACUCACGCCUUGUCUCUGCGCGCUACCUAUACCAGUGACUGCGUGACCAGCAACAGCCAGCAGCAUGGGGACGGAGGCUCCGGCUCCGGCGCCGGCGCCGGCCACGGCGGCCAAGAAGCCGCCGCCGCCGCCGGCGCUGUUCCUCGUCCGUGCGCGGUCGCGGGCUAGUCGUGUGGCCGACCUGGGCGUCGCCGCGUGGCCGUCGGGGCCGCCUGACACGCCGCCGCGCCGCUCGCCCGUCACCGUGCCCUUCCUCUGGGAGGAGGCGCCCGGGAAGCCCAAGGCGCCGCCCCAACAGCAGAGCGACGACGGCGGGACCGGAACCGGCGCUCCGGCCGCCGCCGCCGCCGCCGCUGCUAACACUACUACCCCUGCCACCGGUGCCGGCGAUCGCGACAACGGCGGCCGGGAGGAGGAGGAGGCGCGCCCCGCGCCGCUGAAACUGCCGCCGCGGCUGCAGCGCGUGGCUUCCGCGAAGCAGCAGCGCGACGGCUCGCCCUCCCCCAGGACCGUGCUCCCCAGCCCUCACUACUACGGCUGCGCCGGCGGCGGCAGGAGGCCGCCAAGGAGGACCGGCAGCGGCUUCGCUUCGUUCCGGAGGACGCCGAGCGCCGGCGCGGGCCUCUUCUCCCGGAGCAAGACCACAGCGCCGGCGGCCGGGACCAAGAGGAACAAAGGCGGCGGCGGCGGCGGCCACGACCAUCUCAGCGCCGCCGCGACUCCGGACGCCCCGUGGGGUUCGCCGGCGGCGUCGUCUGCCUCGUCCUCGUCGUCCCUGUCCGCCAGCUGCUUCGGCGACGACCCCGGCCCCGGCCACCGCCGCCCGGCCGACGGGCGCGAGGACGGUUCGUCCGAGGAGGACGAGUGCGCCGCGGGGUCGGUGAGGAUCACCAGGUUCAGACGGAACCGGAGCCUCCCCGCCAUGACCACGUCUCACCUCUGGGCAAGUAUCCGCAAGAGCUUCAAGCAGAUUACUCCAUGGAGCUAGAUCCAAGUUCGGCGACAACGAGGUUGAUGACGCCACUGCAAAUAAUCGGGGGCGCUAUUAAUUAUUGCAACUGUGCGGUGGCCAUGGUCCAUGGAUAUUUUUUAUUUGAAGUGUACAAGCAUAUGCACCAAGGCAGGAACGGCUCCAUGUAUAUAGCUUAAAAAGUUUGCAACGCACGGUGCCAUUGUUACACGGGACCCAAACUUUGCCACACAUAUAUAUGUCGUCUCAUGUCUGGACCCUACCAGCAGACGUGUAACCAAUCGGUUGUGCGUGGUACAUACAACCGAUUGAGCCAGUUCCUUCAAGAUUCGAUACGGCAAUAAUAAUGUAGAACCAUGUGUUCAUCAAGAAAGAAGUACUCGUAUGUAUAUAAACGAUAACUUUCUCCUAA